CUUCCAUACCGCUCAUUCGCAGUCAAAUUUCGCCGGCAGUUUCCGCCGCCGUUGUUAUUCCGCCCACUUUUCCGCGACGGUUUCUGGUUUUCCAGACUUCAAAAACCGCCCACAGAUCUCGAACCACCGGAAUCGCACCGCUAAUCAUGGGCUCCCUCGAUAGCUUCGAAGCCGGAAUCGUCACCGUCGACGUCAAAACCGCCAAGAACCUCCUCCAUUCCGGCUACGCUUUUCUCGACGUCAGGACUGUCGAGGAGUUCAAGGAAGGGCACGUAGCGAAUGAGAAGAUCGUCAAUAUUCCGUAUCAAUUCAAUUCUCCAGACGGUAGGGUGAAGAAUGAUCAGUUUCUGGAGGAGGUGUCGGCGGUCUUUAAGAAAGACGACCGCCUCGUCGUGGGUUGUCGAAGUGGGGUAAGAUCUUUGCUCGCCAUUGAAGACCUCCGAAAUGAUGGCUUCGAGCAUUUGACAGAUCUGGGCGGAGGGCAUCUGGCUUGGCUGGCGUAUGGAUUUCCUGUGGCUAAGCCAAAAGUAAAGACAACUGAUCCAAAGAGUGUGGACCUUCAGGCUGACGAGCUUUGAUCGUACAAUAAAUAAAUAAAUAAAAAUAAAUAAAACGCAGCAAUAAUUUGUCUUCUGGUUGUAAAGUUUAUUAUUGAAUAAUUUUAUUUUA